CUGAAAGGGAAAUGCACACCACAGAAUUUCCCCUAACCAGUAGACUGAUACCUCCUAGACAAGAGAGCCCACUGCUCAAGACAUCACCUGCCAGCAUCCCAGAACCCCCAGCAGCAGAAAGGGGGUGGGAGCCUUUCCAAAGGCUGUCUUCCAGUCACGGUGUGUCACCUAAAGAAUUGGAUAAGCUGGCUAGAAACAUUCCCACUUUCACUCCAAGCCCUGCAGGAGGCCACGAUGUGCACGACUAUUUAAAAGACAUUGAUUUUCACUUGCAAACUGUUGCCAAUGUUACCACACGAGACAGACUGUACCUGCUCAGAAUCACCGCCAGCCGUGAAGUCCGGAGCUUUCUAGACCGACAGCCAGAAACAGUCAAAGUGGAUUACCAACAACUGCAGCAGGCUUUGAUUAAAGAAUUCUCUGAUCCAGAAUCAGAGCAAGGGCUGAUUACGGCCAUGGACCUUAAACAGGGCAGACAGGAAACCACGCAGUCUUUCUACAACAGGCUCAGACAAGCAUACUUCGGAGCACGGAAUGAGCCAGGAAUGGAAGAAGAAUUCAAUUUCAAAACUCUGUUCCUCCGUAACCUGCACCCAACAGUGAGUCACCAUUUGGGGGUUCUGGCUUGCCCACGGACUAUGUCCACCCAACAGCUGCGAGACUUAAGCCAUAAGGCCUAUGCCAAACAAAGAACUGCUUCUGAAAAGAUGGGAAAACCCCCCACAAUCUAUCCUGUCACUAAUCAGAGUUCAGAACUUGCCCUAGAGGGCGCCGAGCCUCGCCACAGCAAUUGGGUACACCCUGACACUCAGCCUUGCCUUUGUCCUGUUUAACAGAGUCAACGGGGUGCAAAGGUCCAUGAACAGUGCACUGCUGCCUUUUAACCUUCAUGAUCCACCUGCCAUCUAACCAUCAGGAUCCACCUGCCAUCCGGCCUUCACCACCCACCUGCCAUUUAACCAUCAUGAUCCACUGUUGUCUGAUGAUGUCUCAAUUCAGAGCAUCUUCAGACAAAAAGGGGGAGUCUGUAACGUCUGUGUAAGAUCAGUGAUGGCUAAUUACACUUUGUUUGAAAAAAACUUUGUUUGAAAAAAAACCUUUUAGCCUUUUGACAUUUGCAUAUAAAUUACUGACCUGGUCUCCACGUUUGCAUUUAUAUGGGUGCUAAAUUGC